AUGAGUCGUCCUCUCGAGGUUCCUCCUCCAUACUCCUCAUCGUCCUCCUCCCCACCCGGACCGAACGUUACGCGGGGUAACCAGAACUUGCCGCCACCGGGUAGCACCUCUUCGUCGUUGCCGGAUGACAACAAUGGAUUGGACGCGUCAACAACCAAACCGACGCCGAUUCACGUUUGUUGUUCCGUCUUGAAUACCGUCAUUGAUCACGUCAUGGUCUCACCCAGUGCACUGGAACCGGAAGAGCUUCGAGCACAGUACGUCGACGAUGCGGUGUUGUCGAGAUCCACCGAGUUGGGAGCCGCAUCACAGACACGCACACCCCUGCAAGUUCCCGUUCUCCGUGUCUUUGGUCCCAUCUUGCGUCGGGACAACGACGACAGCAAUCCAGAUGGAAAUGGAUCGUUGGAUCCGCCAACCCAGUCGGCCUGUUUGUACAUUCACGGUGCCUUUCCCUACUUGUUGUGUCGGCCAGUCGUGGCAGGCGCCGACGGAUCCUGGCACCGAUCGUCACACAAUCACCACGGCCUGACGCCAUCCGGACACCUCGAUUGGGACGAUGCCGCGGCGGUGGAACGCAUAUUGCCCGUUUUGCACGAACAUCUCGAAGCCUCGCUGCAAGCGUCCCUCCAACAAUCCUCCCUCGGUCUCGACAAGCACAGCAACAGUAACCGUGAAGCUACCGGGAAUUCACGACAACCACCCAAGCCACCGGCAACCAAAAUUAUUCGCCGACUGUCUCUCGUGGUCGGUCGUGGAUUUUACACCUACUGCGCGGGUCCGCCCGCUCCCUUUGUUCGGGUCGAAUACUACAAUCCCAAAUCACGAUGGAAAGUUAAAAUGCUCCUGGAGCGUGGCUUGGAGCUCCCCAGUUUGUACCAUCCCGAUCCAAUCCAGUACGAACCGGCGGCUCGGGAAGAUCACGUCGAGCCAGACAUUGAUGCGGCCAAUGCGGAAACCUUGUCCUUUCACUGCUACGAAGCACACAUUCCGUACACGAUGCAGUUCUUCAAGGACUACAAUCUGGCCGGCAUGCGGUACAUUCAUAUUGGUAAGACCAAAUUCCGACAACCCUUGCCACGAACCCGACGCGCCCGAUUUUGGCACAAGCAUGACGUUCUGGUGGAACCACACGUGCGGGACGAAACCAUGUUUCUCGAGUCCAACACCCCAGCCGUCUAUCGAUGGAAUGACGACACCCAAACCAAUGUGAGCCUAUUACACGUAUCCCCGACCGCACAAAACGAUUUCGGCGUGGACGAUUCGGUGGCGCAUUCGGGUUUGGGAGACACGUUUGCGUUGGCGCAACUAUCACAGACAGAUAUUCCGAGCAGUCCAUGGUCGGACCGCCCCGACAAUGCCAGAGCGGAAGAGGCUGUGUCCCACGCUGAAAGUACACCCCAACACUCCAAUCCAGACGCGCGAGAAUGGAUUGUCUCGCCAGGAACGUACGAAUGGGAGAAACGCCUCGAAGCGCAAGCGCCACCCACGAAAGAAACCACCUGCGAUUUGGAACUCGAUAUUCACGUCGACGAUAUACUAAACGUCCACGAAGUAAUUCGAGAAGUGCCAACCAUUACCAACAAUUCGCGACAACCAGUGCAUUGGAGGGCGGUACCCAGUCUACGAGAGAUUUGGGCCGAAGAACGUAUCCGCAUGGGCAAACUACUACCUCCACAGGAUGACUUUCUGAGUCCAGACCGUGGAGCUAGUACCACCACACCACCCUUCACGUUAAAUGUCCAGCUUCCAGAUUCGGCUUUGCCGGGCACCAGACUUGCAGUCACAGGAAUGAAACGUCUACGAGACUUGACGCUCGGCUUGGACGAUAACUUUCGUCGGGUCAUGAAAGAUAUAAUUGCCCGCCACGACGUGGCUGUGCAGCGAAUUGACGAAGGUCUCGCACGCCGACGAUUAAAUUCCGAUAGAUUGGCAGAGGCUCAGGAAUGGGGGCUUUUGAACCCCAACCGUUCGUCGGGUCCGAAAGGUUUGACCCCCUCCGAUCAGGAAGCGACAGACACUUUGGCAAUGCUUGGUUCUUUAUUCAAAGAACCAUCACCACCACACGCAAACAACAAUUUCUCGAGUGAUCAAGGACCGGGAUCAUCUUCGAAGUAUAGUUGGUCAUCCAGUCCGCAGAAUUUUUCUUCGAGCCAAGACAUCACAGUCAAUGGCAAAGCGCAUGGUAUCGAAGAGGAUCGACAUUCUUCGCAGAGCGAGCGCUUUCAAAGCUUGUCUCAAACGUAUUACGAUGGUCAAGCUGAAGCUGCUGCGGAAAGUGACUUUGAAUUGAGCCAAAGGAUGGAGCGAGGAGAUGGGAUCUUCGAGGGGCCGUUCGAAUAUGUAGAAGACUUUAUUGAUCCGGAAACGCUGGCGCCUUUUGAGUCAAUCGACGAGGAUGGGGAUGAUUUGUUCGAUCUAGACAGCGAUAGCGACGAUGGCGCAAUGGAUGAGUCUCGAAUAGAGGAAGAGCUAACGCAACUUGCAACUCAAACGUACAACAAAUCAAUGGAAGAUUACACCGACGAUUCUAGAUCAAAACCGUUCGAUAUGAAGGGUAGCCAAGAUGGUUAUUGUGCCUCAUCGGGCCGUGACCCAGUCAGCACAGAAAAGUCCAUGGCAGAAGCCGACUUAUCGGACCAUGAUCCAGCCAGCAGAGAAAAAUUCAUGGCGGUUGACAUGAAAGCCGACAACCCAACGCCUAUGUCUGGGAAGCAAAAUUUGCAAGGGUGUGGUAAUGAGAGCGCUAGAGAAAUUUCCGCUUUUACAACAAGUCUUCUGAGCUCAUCUGACUGCCAUGCUCCUUCUAAGUGCUACGUUGAAAUUUUGCGAAAUCCUCCUACACGAAAGGCAUCGAAGAACAGCGGUACAUCCGUCGGGUACCAUCCGUUAGCAACCGUUGGUGAUGUCCCGCCGUGGUUGUUUUUUGCAGAGUAUCAAAAGCUUCGUGGUACUACCUCCAGCGCUGCACCAUUUUCUUCGUUUCCUUCCAUUCCCGAUGGUGGAUUAAGUGUCCUUCCGACGAAAUCCCCUCCUACUCGGCGAGCUGUACAAGGGUGGAUGCUGCGAGAACGCAAACGAAAGCAGCCUUUGGAUUCGGGAUGCGACCAGGAGCACGUCGCAGAGAAAAAGCGAAUUGCAGGCGCUUCUGCGAGCCUUUCUGUUGUCGCUGAGAUGAAUGUUGCCAUCGACAGAAUUCCUCGUCAGCUUGAAUUGCCACAGACAGCAGAAAUUCAUUGCAAGGAAUAUGCUGUCAGGGACAAAGAUCAAGCUGGAGCUUUGACCGUUGAAGAAGUAGACUGGUCCAAAAGCCAAAAUCUUUCACAGUAUCAAGCUUCGCAAACCGGAGACGAAAUUGAGACUGACCAUUCAACAAGUAACGGAGGGUUUCAAGUCGUUUCGACUGCUGUUCAAGAGAAGACUAUGAGUCAUUGAGUCAAAGCAUGCCAAUCAGCGAAUCAGGCGGAUCGUUUUUUGUUGCUCAGCCACUGGAUGGUAUUGGUAAUCAAGGGGGUCGAAUAUGGGUGGAAGGUGGUGGCGUUUUGAAAGCAAACACAAGGUCCUCAGCCCGACAGUCAACAGCCGACAAAAGCCCGUGCUCUACUAAGGCACAUUCCGAGACUAUCGGCGGGCCUCACUUACCCUCACCACUUUCAGUCAUGAUCAUCGACGUUCAUGUGCAGUGUCGGUCGGGUCGCGCUGGAACAUCUGAUUCGAAAACGAUUGCUUUGACCCCCGAUUCUGAUCGAGACAAAGUCGCUUCAGUGAUUUACUUGUAUGGAAAGGAUCCUGGCGGAGGAGAGUCUCUGGAGAUUCUUGAAAGAGGAUGUAUCUUUAUUCCUGUAGAGAAGGAACUAUCCAACACGUCCUUAGACUUCAACGAGAAAAAACUCCUGAAACGCUUCGCAGACGAUCUUCGUCUGGCGAUGCCGACGAAAGUCUUAGGAUACGACGCGCCCUUUAGUGUAGACUGUGUGAGCGACGAGAGGCAGCUUUUACUCAGGCUUUCUUCGGUAGUAUAUUCCAAGGAUCCCGACUUGCUGCUUAGUUGGGACACUCAAGGUACAGGGCUCGGGUACUUGAUAGAAAGAGGCUCCAAAGUCUCGGGUACAACAAAUUCAGACUUAUCUCGAGAGUCGGA